CAUACGUGUACAUUGCUGGAAAAAUAACUCAUUACUUAAAAAUUGCAUUUUAAUCUUCAAAAAGGCGAAUUCAGAGAGACCUUCUGAAUAAUUAAGCCUGUACAUAUUUAAUGCGUUAAAAAAUAUAUAGUUUUUAAAAUGUUCAGUUGGAGAAGCUACUUAACUAUAACUUUGCUCCUGUUACUAGGAAUAGUUUGUUGUCUUCCCGUUGAUCACAAAAAACAGAAAACUCAUGAUUCUGAGAAUGAGAUUCCAGAUAAGGAUGGAAAGCUGGAGAACGUAUUGGAAUAUGAACGAUAUUUAAAGGAGGUUGUAAAUCUUUUGGAAAGCGAUAAAGAUUUUAGAGAAAAACUAGAUAAAGCUGAUGAAGCUGAUAUUAGAUCAGGCAAAAUUGCACAGGAGCUCGAAUACGUUAAUCACAAUGUUCGAUCAAAGUUGCACGAAUUGAAACGUCAAGAGUUAGAAAGGCUGAGACAUCUCGCAAUGAAGCAAUAUGAGUUGUCAAAUGGAAUAGACAGAGCUCAUAUUAAAAUUCCCGAACACUUGGAUCAUGCUAAUUCUCAUACAUUUGAAAUUGAGGACUUGAAACGACUUAUUUUGAAGACAUCCCAAGACUUGGCUGAAAGUGAUAGAAAGCGUCGCGAAGAAUUCAAGGAGUAUGAGUUACAGAAGGAAUUUGAAAAACAAGAAAAAUUGAGAGAAAUGGAUGAGGAACACAAGAAACAGUAUGAGGAGGAACUAAAAAAACAACAAGAGAAGCAUAACAAACACGAAAAACUGCAUCAUCCAGGUUCGAAAGACCAAUUAGAGGAAGUUUGGGAGAAACAGGACCACAUGGAUCAGGAAUUCGAUCCAAAGACAUUUUUCAUGUUACACGAUCUGGAUGGGAACAACUUUUGGGACGAAAAUGAAGUUAAAGCGCUUUUUGUAAAAGAGUUGGAUAAAGUCUAUCAAUCUGGGGUACCAGAAGACGAUUUACGUGAAAGAGCUGAGGAGAUGGAAAGAAUGAGAGAGCAUGUUUUCAAAGAAGCCGAUGUCAACCACGAUGGUCUGAUUAGCUACCAAGAAUUUUUAGAUCAAACUAAACGAGAUGAAUUUCAACGCGAUCCUGGAUGGGACACUGUUGACAACGUCCCUCAAUAUACUCAUGAAGAGUAUUUGGAAUUUGAACGUAGACGUCAUUUAGAAAUAGAAAGGUUAAUUGCCGAAGGAAAACUACCCGCACAUCCAAAUAUGCCUUAUGGUCAAAAUGAUCCAAAUGACAUUCCUGAACACCUGAGACAUGCACCACCACCUCCACCACAUUAUCAACAAGGCUAUCAAAAUCAUCCACAACAGGUUAACUUGAACCAAAAUCAAGUUUAUGAACAUCAUCCGAAUGAUCAAGCAAAACAAUACAAUGCUCCUGCUUCGGUACAAAAUCAUAAAAAUCUGAACCAUCAUCAAGGAAAUCAACAACAACAACAACAACACUUUGAAGAGCAUCCAAAUCAAAAGAACGAUCUGAAUCAACACAAUCAAGCACAAAACAGUCAACAACAACAACAACAGCAGCAUUCCUCGGCUCAAAGUCACCAUUCAAAUUCGGCACCAAUCCAUGUGCAAGAGAAACCACAACAGGGACAACAUUAUACCGUUAAAUACAUCAAAGAUUUGCCCUUUGAGCUGUUGGAUCGUGAAACGACUGAACUUUUCAUCAAAACUUUCGAUAAAGUCGAAGUCCUCAAAUUGAAAGACAAUAUUUUGUUGUGCAACAUGCGUCAAUGGCAACUAAAUACAAAGGAAUACAAUUCGGAAUUUCCAAACGUUCAGGAAAUCACUCUAAGAGUCGAAAAUUUCAUCACUAAGCAAGCAAAAGCUUUAUUAAAAGCGUGUCCUCAAAAAAUCACUGGAACUAAAAGUAGAACUCACCAUCAAAACUCCAUCAAAGACUUGUACGAUGCUCCGAUGUCCCUGAAACGCUUAAAAUUGCUUAAAAACGUCGUAGAUGUGAACUUUUUGCAACGUCAAACUGAAAUUAUCUCUUACCAUAUCUACACAGAAUUGACUCCUGAUAUCGUGAUUCCUCUUCCGGCAUGCAUAAAUCCAUCAAAUGUGCAUUCGUUGGACGUCUUAUUGAAAAAUGGCUCGAAAUUUGACCUUAAAUGGCUUCACGACAUGCCAAACUUGAAGAAAUUUGGACUUCAGUUCCCAUAUAUUUCAGUUUCAUGUGCGGCACAAGUUCCUUCUUUUCUACAGUCUCACGAAGUUCUUCCGAAUAAGACCGUGAAAGUGUUGAGCGUCAGCAGAAUUGUCAAAACUUGUUUAAAUUGCGUACGGAAUUUUCUCGAAUCUUUCAUCCACUUGAAAAAUCUUCAAAUUCUGUAUUGGGACUCCGAGUUUUGUAACUUUUGGAAGACGAUUAGUCGAGCUCUCGAAAAAAAUGGCGUUUCGAAGCAUUUAUCAACAUUCACGCUGAGUCCUGAUUUCUUCGACAACCAGAAAUUAAAAGUUAACUACAACUAUUUUGAAGCCAUGACACCGUUCCCGAAUCUCAAGACACUUCAAUUAAUGUUUUGUCACAAGCGCCUUUCGAAGAACGCUCUCAAAACCUUUUGCAGCAAAUGUCCCAAUUUAAAGAAUUUGGCUUUCGCAGUCGGAAGUCGAUUCAAAUAUGAGAUAAGCGGUUUCCUCAUUCAUCAAUUGAAAUAUUUGACUGCUCUAAGAAUACCCAAUUCUACGCCAGAAGAGGAAAUGCUCGAUGAACAUUGCAACGAAAUUACUGGUAUUUAUGCCAAUGCGGAGACAAUUCAAUCUUUACUGACAACUCCCCUAAAGCUUUGGUGUUUAGGAAUGCCCAUACGCUGUGAAAUUAAUGAUUUACUAGAGUUGUUCAAAAAAUUUCCAAUGUUGAAACAUGUGGAAGAGAUUCAGACGUUUUCCACAACACCAAAUGUUUUACAUAGAGAACCUCCUGCUCCGCCUACUGAUAAGGAAGAAAAGUCCGAUAGACCAGUGAGUCCUCGAAUGGCAGAUUUUCAGAAAAAAUUACGCGAAAAAACCCCAAUUGGAAAAUUGGAUCAAUCACUUGGAACUCAUCCGUAUCAAGAGAAAGAACCAUUGGAACGUUUUCCUAAUGAUGUAAAUCCAAAAACUGGAGAAAUCGGAGGUCCCAGAGGUCCAGAACCUACUAGAUAUGGAGAUUGGGAACGCAAAGGAAGAGUAUCGGACUUUUAGAAAAAUAUAUUUAUUAAUAAAUGAUUUGAUUUAGUUUUUGAUUGUUUAAACAUUUUUAUUUAAAAUAUCAUAAAUAGAACAGUAUUUCAAAACAUA